CUUCUUUCUCCCCGCCGCCAUCGCUAGGGUUUACAGUCAUUCACUCGCAAAUUCGACAUUUCCGGCAUCUCUCCCUCUCCCUCUCUCUCUCUUGAGCAUCGGCUUCGGUCCAUCUCUAAGUUAAACAGCUCACAUGGCUCGCGGCACGCUCUAGGGUUUCGUGGUUGCUGUCGGUUGCGCGGUACGCGAGGUCUGUCUUGUCUCGAGAGAGAAAGGUGAGAGCUCUCUGAGAGAGAGAGAGAGAGAGAGAGAGAGAGAUGGCAACCAUGAACCCUUUCGACAUCCUCGGCGACGACGACAAUGAGGACCCCAGCCAGCUCGUCGCUGCUGCCAAGCUGGUCGAGAAGCCAAAGAAGGCCCAGGCUCAAGCUGCCCCGCCGUCUAAGCCGGCCGCCAAGCUGCCUUCCAAGCCGCUCCCACCUGCUCAAGCUGUGAGGGAAGCGAAGACUGACACUGGGCGGGGCUAUGGCCGUGGCCGUGGAGGUGGUCGUGGUUAUGGCCGUGGCCGCGGAGGUGGUCGAGGAUAUGACCAAGAUUCAGGGAACAACGAGGGACCAGCUGUGAGCAACGAUGGUUUUUCUGGGGGUUAUAGACCCUCAGAGGAAGGAGAUUCUGGAAAACUAUCUGAAAGGGGUGGUCGUGGUUUUUCUCGGGGAGGUCGCCCCGGUGGUUAUAACAAUGGAGAAGCUGGUGAAAGGGAGCGUGCAAGAAGACCAUUCGAACGCCACAGUGGCACUGGACGAGGAAAUGAGACUAAACGAGAUGGAUCUGGUCGUGGAAACUGGGGAACUCCUACUGAUGAAAUUGCUCCAGAGACUGAAGAACCUGUCAUUGAAGUCGAGAAAAAUGUGGGAUCUGAGAAGCAGCUGGCUGGUGAGGAUGGUGCAGAUGCUAGCAAGGAGAAUCCUGUGAAUGAACCAGAAGAAAAAGAGCCUGAAGAUAAGGAGAUGACAUUAGAAGAGUAUGAAAAGGUCCUUGAAGAGAAGAGGAAGGCAUUGCUUGCGCUGAAGUCUGAGGAAAGGAAAGUAGAGUUGGACAAAGAUUUGAAGUCCAUGCAACAACUCUCUAGCAAGAAGGGUAACAAUGAAAUCUUUGUCAAGCUGGGAUCCGAGAAGGAUAAACGCAAAGAGGCUGCUGAGAAAGAGGAGAAAGCCAAGAAGUCUGUCAGCAUAAAUGAGUUCCUGAAGCCUGCUGAAGGGGAGAAAUACUACAACCCAGGUGGUCGUGGGCGAGGCCGCGGCCGUGGUUCCAGAGGUGGCUAUGGUGGUGGCUAUGCUAGAGAUGUCUCUGCUCCUUCGAUUGAGGAUCCUGGCCAGUUCCCCUCCCUUGGUGGGAAAUGAGGUUUUACCACCACAUACCUCAGGCUGAGAUGCUUCAUUGCUUGACGACGAUGUUGUGACCUUCCAGGACAGUCGGGGUAUUAACAGGAAUGGUAUUCUUCCUGUAAUAGAAACCUUUGAUGUUAUUCGUCUUUUUGAGUGUAAAAAUUUUAGUUUCUCCAUGGAUUACUUUUUUUUCUUUUUUACUCGAAUCAGUUUUGUGUUAGAUGAGAAUGAAUUUAGUCUCCGACGUGUCUCUCUUUUCUUUCAA